UUUUGUUAGGUUAUCCCAUUCAUUCACAUAGUGUAGCCUUCAAGUGCCACAGCCAUUCACCAUCGAAAAAGCAAACAAGAUCAGCAGGAUUCCAGAGAUUCAGUUGUUGUUUCUGCUCUUCAACUGAAUUCCUUUACAACCCACAUUUUUAGUUCAGAAUAAGUGAAUGUAACUUAGGCCGACAGUUGGUCCGCUUAAUUUAGUUUAUUGAAGCAUGGACGAGGGCCAAAAUGUGCGCAUUCGUGAGAGUGGCGAAGAGGGCGACGUUGGUGGUACCACAAAAGACUACAUCACCACAGGUAAAGGGACACUUGCCCACGACGAGACCGCAUCGGCCACCAGCGGCUCAGCCAAAAGCGGGGCGGGAAGAUCGACGCGUUCGUCGGCGGACGGACCGCCACUGUCGGCAGUCCACAUGUCAUCGAGCGGUACGGAGAUAAACGGCCGGGGCACACCGACGGGUUCUGGGGAAGGCAGCGAGUCACGGCCCGGGUCCCAGGCCUUGUCGGAGAGAUAUGAUACCCCGGUAAACAUCAAAGUGAUCCAUGAUUCAGACCAGGACUCCGAUAGUGGAUGGGACACUGAUUUGGAGAUAGAAGAAGACUCCAAGGAAACCUAUGAUGCCACAGGGAGGCGGGCCUACAUCCAAGCCUGCAAGGACCUCGGUGUUGUUCCCGUGUCUCACUUCCUGCGUCACAUUACCACCAACAAGAUCAGCAUGAAGCAUCACGGGCUGGGUCCUCAAGGGGCAAAGGCGAUCGCUAUCCCUCUGGUUACAAAUACAACAGUUUUGACCCUUGACCUUGAAGAUAACUGGAUUGAGGGUGAGGGGGCGGGCUACAUAUCCGAGAUGAUGAAGGAAAAUUGCUACAUUAGUGAUUUGAAUUUGGCAGGAAACAAGAUGCGUUCUAAGGGUGCCAAGGUUGUAGGAGAGAUGCUGAAUGAUAACACAAGCAUCAGGAAGAUCAAUGUGGCAGGAAACGACUUCAAGGAUCGAGAUGCCCAGCCAUUUGCAGAUGCAAUAAAGAAUAACUACAGAAUAAAGGAGUUGGAUCUCAGCCAUAAUGAGUUCGCCGAGAUUGGUGGGGAGAUCAUGGGCCAGGGCAUUGCUGCUACUGAGUCUGUAAGUAACCUCAACUUGAGCUGGAAUCAUCUCAGGAGGAACGGUGCAAUAUCCAUAUGCAGAGGCAUGGCAGAAAAUCUAUCCAUCAAGAGGCUGGACGUGUCCUGGAAUGGUUUUGCCAAUGACGGAGCCUUAGCCAUGGCUGAAGCGCUCAAGUUCAACAGCAGCCUUCAGUGGUUGGAUAUCAGUAAUAAUAGAAUAGCUGACGAAGGCGCAUUGCUCCUGUCUAAAGGUUUAGAAGUCAACGACUCAUUGCAGAUACUCAGGCUUGGAAUGAAUCCCAUAACGGCUGCGGGGGCUAUGGCUCUACUGGUGGCCAUCAACAACAAUUCAAACACUGCACUAGAUGAACUAGAUCUCACUGAUAUCGUUGUGAACAAAGAUUUCGUGGACCUCCUGGAGCAGAUCAAGCAAGGCCGUUCCAAUUUCCUGGUGUUCUACAAGGGGGCCAUCGGGAAGUUUGAGAAGCCUGCGGAGAAGGAGGUCGAUCCGCUGAAGCUGCUGGUGCAGCACAUUGAGAAGAACAACCUGAGGAUAUGGGACCUGUUCAAGGCCUACGAUAAGGACAACAGCCUGACAGUCACACGAGAGGAGUUUAAGAACGGCAUCAUGGGAUCCAAUAUUCCGUUGACACCCAGGCAGAUUGACAAGCUGGUUGUUACCCUGGACCGUGAUGGCGAUGGGGAGAUAGAUUACAGUGAGAUUGUAUCCACCCAUAAAGAAAUGGUGGAGAACAACCGCGAAGAACGCCGCCAGCGCAUGUCCAAGGUCCACGAGAAGCGUCGCACAGCGAUGUACGCGCCAGUAGCCGAGAAAUUCGGGACGCUCAAGGUGGACUCGCUGUCCCAGAAUAUGUCAGAGGAUCGCCAGAGGAAACUCAGCAACAACAUGCGGCCCGACAUGCACCAGUGGAAUGAGGAAGGGAGGAGGGAGGACGUAGUGAGCGAUGCCAUACGCUCGCUGGACUACACCGUCGAUUUCCGGCCAGACGCGGCCAUGUACACGGACGAGGAGAAAUUCCUGAUGAAGACCAUGGAUCCUGUGUCCCGUGGAGCCAGUGCACGGAGCAGGGGUCGCAGUCCAAUGCCAACUUGACCACAACUAAGUCACUGAAGCUAAAUCUCACAGCCAAGUUUGAGGCAACCAUAACAACUUAGGCCAAAUAAAAAAAAAAUGUUUAGCGUCCUGCCUUUUUGAAAAAAAGGAAGCCGGAGGCCCUUUUUUUCCCCCUCCAAAAUGGCCGCCUGACCGGGUUAUUCUCAAGAUGGCCGACAGUAAUUUUUUUUAAAUGGCCGCCAUUGGACUCAGGAAAUGACAUACCAGCUUUAUGUGGGCUAGAUGCAACAGAUAAAGAGGCAAAAGUGAUGUCACUGUUGAAAAUUUAUAAUUUUUUCGGUUUAAAAAACAAAACAAAACAAAGAAGAGGCGGCCUGCAGAAAGGAAGCAGGCAGGGACGCUAAACAUGUUUUUUUUUUAUUUGGUCUUAUAGUGAUUUAGUGGUAAGAAAAAACAAUUCAUACGGAAAUUGUCGAUCUGAAUAGAUUUUGUUGCCUCUGUCUCAUUUUACCCUAAAGAAGCAGUUCCAGAUUCAAUUAGUUGGCUCAGUGCUUUGGUGGUCAUCAUAAAUAUGUGUUAAUAAGGCAAUAUUUACCUUCACUGAGAUUGAUUUUUUAAACUUUUAGGCAUUAUAUAUGUCAAGCACAAAAUCACACAAAACUGACCAGGUUAACAAUUGAUAUUGCACUGUUGGGAAUUACUCAAUAUGAACUCUGCACAAUACAGUAUUAAAUGUAUACAUGUAAACAACUCGGAUCAGUUAUGUGACUGAUGGGUCUCCUCGUGAAUUUUGAUAUACAUAUGUACAUAUACAUACAAUUAAAAACAAAUGAGCGAUCAAACUAUGCUUUGAUAAAUAUUUUUGUUGACUUACCGCUUUUUUACCAAGAGAUCAAACAGAUUAAUUACAGUUGAUUUGUAUAUACAGGAGAUUAAGAAAAAAAGUCUUUCCAUUACAUUAACAUUAUUCCAUAAUCAAGUCUUUCAUGAAAACACACUUCCAUAUUGAAAGAGAAAACAAUGCAAAGUUUCUAUUACUGGUUCAUGUACAAAGCAUUUUCCUCAGUAUUUUGUAGGCCUUAUCGUGUCACUGUACAGUGAAAGGGAACUGGAACAAACACUGUAGAACAAAUUAAGACUGAUAAGCAUUUAUAAGCAUUGAAAAUAAGCCUUUUGGCUGAUCUUGAUCAAAAUUAUGUAUACAUGUUGUAAUGGAUAGAAGUUAAAUGAUAUACAUGUAGCUGUAUACUUUCUACAGAAUAGAUCUCUUCUCCAGAAAACUUCUAGAUCAUGUGCAUACAACAUAAUGAUGUAUUAAAUGAACUCUGUGCAAAGUAUUAAACACAACCAGGCUGAGUAGUAUAA